CCGAGUUUUAAAGCCGCUCGCGCUCUGACAGGAUGUAGAUGUUUUACAGCCGGCGGUGGUUAACGGACGGAUCCAGGCAGCCGCAGCAACACUUACUGUGUUAAGUUUCUGUCUGGGAGGUUUGUUUUCGUCCCGUGGGGUGAAGAUGUUGACUGACAUGAUUUUGGAGGAAGAGUUUGAGAAGAAUAAGGAGCCUUGGUACAACCAGCGYGACCUCGAAGACGAUCUCCAUUUGGCAGCGGAGCUCGGGAAAAGUCUCCUUGAGAGGAACCAUGAGCUGGAGCAGGCCCUGCAGCAGAUGUACUCCACCAACCAGGACCAGCUGCAGGAGAUAGAGUACCUGAGCAAACAGGUGGAGCUACUGCGUCAGAUGAACGACCAGCACACCAAGGUGUACGAGCAGCUGGACGUGGCCGCCAGGGACCUGGAGCAAAGCAACCAGAGUCUGGUCCAGGACAGCCGUCUGGCCCAGCACAAGAUCCACAGUUUAACAGAGACCAUCGAUGGACUUCAGACCCACAUGGAGGAUCUGCAGACCCAGAUCGAGGAGCUGAAGUCUGCGCAGGCGGAGCGGAGCAAGAGGGAGCUGGCCGAGCAGCGGCGCAGCCUUGGAGCUCAGAGCGUGUCCUGCCUCAAAGAGCUGUACGACUUACAACGAGACAGGUAUCCGGCUCACGAUGGUGAACUCUGGUCGCCUCAGAGCUUCCUCUGCGACAGAGACAGACCUGUCGACCCGGAGCAGGAGAACCACGCUCUGCAGCGCUCCGUCCAAACYCUUCAGAAACAGAUAGCAGCAGAAAGGAACCGCCGGGAGGCUGCGGAGCGAGAGGUCGAGUUCACAUCCAGGGAAAACCAGAGUCUGGAGCAGCGGCUGACCCUGCUGGUGGGCUGCCGGCUUCGACAGAAGGAGCUGGAGGAGGAAGUGGAGCAGCUGCGAGUUCUGUGGCGCGCKGAGUGCGCCAACAGUGUUAGAAGACCUGACCGGCUGCUGUUGCCUGAAACCGUGUUUUUUGCCUCAGAGGAGAGGCAGAGCGAGGAGGAGGAGGAGGAGGCGCCUGAAAAGAAUGAAGAGCGCAGCACACGUAGCCAGCAGAGGCGCAACAGCGACAGCGUUUUAAAAGCAACGAUCGCCGAUGAAAUUCGCCGUGGUCACGAGCAGCUGUGCAUCAGACGAGCGGAUGCUGUGAAACAAAGAGGCAUCUCUCUGCUCAACGAGGUGGACGCGCAGUACAACGCACUGCAGGUAAAGUAUGAUGAGCUGCUGKGGAGAUGUCAGCAGGACACAGAUGAUCUCAGCCAUAAAGCCGUCCAGACCUCCAGCGGUUCUUCUACCAACGCCUGGGUGCGCCGCCGCCUCUCUAACUCGGCUGCGUUGUCUGAUCUGAUGGUGGUUCCUGAAAACGGCCAGCAGCCUGAGUACAAGCUGCUCUUCAAGGAAAUCUUCACCUGCAUCCACAAGACUAAAGAGGACCUGAGUGAGAACAGGCAUCCUGCCAGUAACAGUGAUUUCUGCACAUCUGCCAAAUGAACAUGAUCCAGUCUUUCAGAACUUGUUUUGUCUGGUAAAGUUUAGGUCAGAAGGCUGCUUUGCUGUAAAACAUUUCAAAUGUGCAAGUCUUAGAAAUGCUGUUUACUUUUGUUCAUUUGUACACAGAUCAUUUGAUUCCAUCCUGGUAUAUGUAACAGCAGCAUUUAAUAUAGCCAUCGUAAAUAAGAAGUACUUUUUAGAUAUUUAAACUAAUGUGGAUAAGAUGUACAGUGCUGCUCAUCCUUCACUUCCAAGGAGCCAGACUUUCUGAGAUGCAUCAUCCUUGAGUUGAUUCARGAUUUAGUCAAAACAAUAUUUUAUAUCUGCAUCUCUUUAGUAUUUGUUACAUAUUCAGUUAAAGAUAUUUGAACAUGUGUCACUGUGYCAAAAUACAAAAUUAAAUUUGUGUUUUUGCUGAAAGUUGUUGGAACUGAAACAGAUUUUUUUAAAGAUUAAAAUAAUCAAAACAAUAGCAAUAUUGCAAAAAUCAGCAGCUGAAAUUGAAUUCUGGCAAAAAAAAAUUGUACCUAUAAACUGUAGCUCAAAGCUAKAAUUAGAAACACGGUGGCUAAAAUCCAAAAAAGAAACAAUGAUCCUAAAGUACAUUUUUAAAAAGUGGUUUCAAAAAUUAGAUUUUAAUGAGAACAAGUAUAAUUAUAGUGAAAUAUUUCAAAAGGUACAAAAAAUGACAAAAAAUGACAAAAACAAAAUAUUUUAGCCACAAUGUCUUGUCUGAGCUGAAUAUUUUGGCAUAUGAAAGGAUAAAAUAGCUGAAGCAUGUUGAAGUAGUUGGUUCAAAAACUCACUGCUGACUCAGCAUUUAUGCAGUGACAGAGAAGAACGACUGCUUGGCAUCUUAGACAUGAAAUUACUCUAAACCUCUGCACAGUAUUGUACAUUUUAACCAUAAGUAUUGUGUACCUACAGUGUUUCUACAAUGUUAUUUUGUUUGGUUUUUUUUUUUUUUUUUUUUUUUU